AUGAUAUACAUCAAACGGGAAACCGAGACGAUGGAUGACUACCGAAGAGAGCAUACAUCACAUAGUCGCUCGCCGGACCCCAGCAUACCCAUCUGCUCGGUCACCAACGAGAACUGGCGUGGGAAGAACGAUCCAACAGAGAGGAGACGUAUACAGAACAGAAUCAAUCAAAGAGCAUUUCGACAGCGACAGCGCGCAGGGGAAUCCCCCAAGCAGUACAAGCCACGAAGCAACUCGAGCGGGCCAAACUCGCAGGUAGAUGAGGACGAACAGCAGAUGUCAUCGCCAGAGCAGGAGUCACAAAGUGAAAGUCAUACUUCAGCACCUGGGGCAGUUCGACCAAAUGGCGUGGCCGACCCUUUGACAGGCCGAGUUUGGGACGAAUUGGCACAGUUGAUCAAUCGAAACCUCAUGUCUGCGGCGGCGACCAACGCCCAACAGCUUGGACUGGACUCCGCAGCAUUGUCCGGGGCGAGACCUGUUGUGACGCCAAGAGUCUCCAACAACCAGCUGCCAACCCCAUUGCAACCGAUUUCUCUUCAGCAUCAAGUACCGCACGAUCCGAUCAUCGACAUUGUACCCCAUCCACGAUUUCGAUACAACAUUCUGAAAGCGAUGGCGACACAACAACUGGACGCAGCAGCCUUCUCGGCAGCAUUGCGAGCCUCAGGCGCGCUAGAGAACGUCCAAGGUUCUUGGUUGCGAGGCGGCUUGGUCGUAUGGAGUAGUCCCGACCAGCUCGCGAGCUGGGAACUCUCGGAGUCGUUCGUUAGGCGCUUCGGGCUGCUGCUGCAAGGCUGUGAAGACCUGCUGGCCGCGACUAAUGCGUGGAGGAGCCGACGCGGCGAAAGACUGUUUGCCAGUUCCGUAGAAGGGAGGUGA